AUGGCGGCGUCAAAAUCGGAUUUUGCUCAGAAGCUGCUCCAUGAUCUUCGUGCGCGCAAGGAAAGGAUGGCUGCUGCUCAAAGUUCGAGCCGGCAGUCCACACAUACAUCAAGAGCUGCACAUGGAAACACCAGGCCGACUUCCAAAGGCUCUCGACAUAUAAACACACUAGAAUCGGCGAGCUCUAGAACAGGGAACACGAGUGGACGAUCGAACAAUGGAACCCACCGCACAUCUAUAAUCACAAAUGAAAACUCCAACCAGAUUAUUCUCUACAACAGCGGCCAAAAAGCCUCCGGAAAACAAGUGAGGGACCUAUCCAUGGCGAUAGCCCUCGCCUUUGAGAAUGGCGGCAACCUCACCAGCAUCCGAGCCUCAGCCACAAACCCGCUCGUAAAUUUUUUCAACCGAUUUAGUCGUAAAUCGCGGGACACACACAAGAUGGACAUAACAACCUUCGGCAACAAAAAUCGUUCUCAGAUUCCUACAAUCUCCAACAUACACGUAAGUGAAGUGUCGAAAGGCGUUCAGAGGCUCAAUCAGAUUUUACGAGCCUGCUCGAACAGGUUUGGCCUCGAGGGAAGCGGCUCCAUUGAGGUUGGGAAAGAAUUAAUGAAAGGUGCAAUGGAUUUGGAGGAGUCGUUAAGAAUGCUUGUCAAUUUACAGGAGACCUCGCAGCAUGCAGAAAAUACUCGGAACAAAGGCCGGAUUAAGCUACUCGACGAGGAUGAAGAUGAAAAUUCUAAAAUAGCCGAGAAGUGGGAAUUGGAUCGGCCUAAAUUCUCGUUCGAUAGGCCGAGAAGGAGACAGAUGGAUUUAUUGGGAUUUGACGAGACCUCAGAAAAAUCGAGUAGGGAUCUGAAUGUGGUUCGUCAUGAAAGGUCGAGUAGCUAUGUUCAGGAUUUGGGUCUUUUUACGCAAACUCGUAGCUCGAGUUUACCACAGCCGACACAAGAGAAGAAGAGAAUAUCGAAUGUCGUGGCUAAACUAAUGGGGCUUGAAGAGACUCCACAUAAUGAGGAUUUCAUACACAAGAAAAGUGAUCCUAAGGGGAAACAAGGACAAGUCCCGAAACAAACAAUUAACAAGUCGUUUGAGCCUUUGAAUAGAGAGAGUAAUAAUACGACAAAAGGCCAUAGCACUGCAACAACUCAAGUUAAUGGGCGUCAUCAAAUUUUUGGAGAUAAUCAGAGGAAACAAAAUCCCGCAGUAGACAGACAAAGCAAAACCAUCAAGAAACUCCCAAGCAAUCAACAAAAGCAUGAAGACAAACGUGGACAGCUUCAAGAGCAGGUGCUUAGAAGAGGUGAACCUUCACAGGACAAGCUAAAGAAGGUACAAAAUGGCCAGCAGCUGCAGAAACAAAACUUGUUGGCCAAAAACCACGACGGCAGCCAAGCAUCCAUUGUAACCUCAAAAUCAAAGAAAAUUACGGCCGUAAAUUCACAGAAGCUUUCGCGUGAUAAGUCGGUACCUGGCAACAAAAGAUCCACAAAAUCAAUUACAAAACUUCCACCUAAGGACCCACCAAAGAGAACAGAUCAAGAUGAUGUCCCCAUGAUUGAUAUCUCUCAACAGACUGUGACAAAUAAGGAAAAUAUCAAGAAAGAAGAUGGAAGUCAUAAGUCAUUUACAAGAGAACCAGAAACAGAUGUGGAAAACAAAAAUAGAAAUCUGGAACCCAUGAAGGGGAAGGCAAUUGAGGUCCCGACCAAACAUAAGGCAGAGAUUCCCAAGAAAGUUCAAAAAAGUGAGAUUCCUCAAAAGAUAGAUGUACUGAUGUCUAGAAGACAUGCAAAUGCGAAUCACUUAACAAGAUCAACGAAGCAGCCAGCAAAGCUGUUGAAGGAUUUGAAGCAACAGAUGCAUAACAAACACCGGAACAGUAAAAGAGUGGAAGAACAAAGUUAUAGUGAGAUACAGAAUGAAAAAGAAGGAAUGAAUGUGUACAGUGCAUCAGAAAACACUAACAUUGAACCAGAGAAGCAACAGGACAAGUUAGAAAAGGAAGACGCCAAGAAUGUCGUGCUAAACAUUUCAUGUGAUGACCAAGCCAUAAAAGCUGGGGAAGUUUCUAAUGAACUCGAGACAGUGGAAGAGCCGUAUGCUCUUGAAGAUGAACAAGAGCUCGAACGACGUGAUCAAAUCACAAGAGAUUACAAGGGAGAAAGCAUAGAAGAACUACACAAUCUUCCUCAAAACGAGGACAAGCAAACGUCCAUACCUGACAGACGAGAGCAACUCACAGAACCCGAAAAACAACUCAAGGAGAUGGCGAUUAAAAGCCAGACGUUCCUCAGCACAGCAGAAGCGCUUUUCAAGCUCAACUUGCCCACCAGCUUCCUCCAUGCAACGGAACAAGACUACGAAGCCCCCGAAAACAAGCUCGUCCUGAACUGCGCGCAGGAAGUAAUGAAGAGGAAAGCGAGGAGACACGGAGUCGCAAAUCACCCCCACAUGAAACCAGCCUCAGCCGGUCCCAAGGUGCGAUCUUUCGACGAUUUGAUCAAGCAGCUGGGCAAGGACUUGGAAACCCUGAAGCUGUACGGCGGGAAUCUCGGCGACGAGCGUGAUUUAGCGGCGCGACUGUACAGAAUGCUGGAGAAGGACAUCGGCGGCGGGGGCGCGGAUGUGAACUGCAUGUGGGACCUCGAAUGGAGCAAUCUCAAGGCGUUGGUAACUGAAAAAGACGAUGUUGUGAGGGAGGUCGAGAGGUAUAUGCUCAAUGGUUUGCUUGAUGAGAUCACCGGCGAUUUGGUGGCCCUGACAGUGUCGGGUUGA